ACGCGGGCGCAGAUAUAAGCAGAGCGCGGCUGUACCUGCACUACAAAACUGUACCAAACACGUCGGCUCCGAUCCAACCUGUGUUCCCCCUCCCGUCCGAGCUACGAAGGUGACGCGAGCCGCCCCUACAAAUCCACGUCGCCGCCAGCGGCACCACCAGAUUCCCCAAGCCACCCAAUUUUUUUGAUUCUACUACCGGAGAGGAAGGCCGUCUGUCUCUCUUUUCCAGGGAUCUCCGUGCAGCCUGGCGGCGAUGGCGGCGGCGGCGCUGGCACCGGCUCUGGCGCCGGUGCCCUUGCCGGCGGCCUUCGCGGGGUGGUGGGAGCACGUGAACGGCUCGCCGGCGUGGCAGGACGGGAUCUUCUGGGCCCUCGCCGCACUCUACGGCCUCAUCGCCGCCUCCUCCUUCAUCCAAGUUGCCAGAAUACAGCACAGAGUGCCUGAAUAUGGAUGGACAACACAAAAGGUCUUCCAGUUCCUUAAUUUCUUGGUUAAUGGAGCAAGGUGUUCCAUCUUUGCUUUUCGUCGCCAAGUGCAACUAGUGAACCCUCAGAUCUUUCAGCAUGUUAUUCUUGAUCUGCCGGGGCUUGCAUUCUUCACUACCUAUGCAAUGUUGGCACUUUUCUGGGCUGAAAUAUCUUAUCAAGCACGUGGUCUAGACACUGAUGGCCUCAGAUCAGGUUUCUAUAUUAUUAAUGGUGUCGUUUAUGCAAUGCAGGUUUUGGUGUGGGUAUUGUUGUGGUUGAAUCCAAAUCCAUCUAUGCUUGUGCUUUCAAAGUUAUUCAUUGCGGGACUGUCAUUUUCCGCUGCCCUGGGUUUUCUGCUGUACGGAGGGAGGCUAUUCCUCAUGUUGAAGCGUUUCCCUAUCGAGUCUAAAGGGAGGCAACAAAAGCUGAGCGAGGUCGGCAGAGUGGCCACUAUUUGUUCCUGUUGCUUCUUGGCAAGAUGCGUAAUGAUGUGUUUCGCUGCCUUCAAUAAAGAUGCUGAUCUGGAUGUUCUUGACCAUCCAAUUCUGAAUUUCAUAUAUUACCUCCUUGUCGAAAUUGUUCCUUCGGCUCUUGUCCUGUACAUUCUGCGGAGGAUCCCUUCGAAGCUAAAGCUCGCACAUUACCAUCCCCUCAGCAGCGGCUAGAGAUAAAAGCGGUGUCCCCUUCUGAGCUGAAAUAUAGAGAUGUUGCUGCAAACAUAGCUGAUUGCGACCCCAAGACUUAAAAAAGGCUGGUCUAUGGUCUGAUCGUUCAAAAUGUGUACAGACAGGGAUCUGAAAUCUACGCGUUAACUUACCUUGUGUAGCCGCUAACUUGGUAGUUUAAGGGUGCUAAUUCCAUGUACUUAAUUAGAGAUAAUUGCACGUAUAGUCACGGAAGUUGGCGGCAAGGUCCAACAUGGUCUUGGAUGUUGAGAAGUGAUCCAAUACGGUCCUGAUACAAGGAAAUACGUUGCCAAUACGGUCCUUGAUUUUGGACCGACA